GGUGGAGUGAUGAGAGAAAGAGAUGUCAUGUACUGUAUUAAGACUUACGUUUUACAAGAAUCACGCUUUCCUGCCUCGACUUUGCUAUAUCAAACUAAAGGAGCAUCAAUGCACAGGCGAAAUUGACCUUGGAGUGAAUGAAUUAAAGAGGAUAGCGCGGAAUGAUAACAAAGAAAAAAAAUGCUAACUGGUACCAGAAGUUCACGUUUUAACUACUUGUUGCUGGUCGAGUGACGUUGCCUGCCAGACGUACGUUUGCGUAAACAAGACAUCCCGUUUUAUAGAUUUCUUAAACACAUUAUAUCUUUCUAAGCACAUAGUGUGUAUAGAUUAGGUGCAUAGAAUAUGUAAUAAAUGCUGCUUAAAAUAUGUCUACUGUUAUAUAUGGCAAGAAACUAGUUGUGUACGAUUGAUUUACGGUAAGUUAAGGCAGCGUAAAUCAGCUGUCUGGAAGGACAACAUUUGGCCAUUAAAAUUGAAAGACGAGCAGAAGUUGUGUCGUAAGAAACGUUUUUUUCAUUCGUCUAUUGGAACAACUAAACUUGUGAAUCCAGGAACAGUUAGAUAACAUGGCACUGUAUCGACAGUGUUUGAGUAAAAUCACUGACAGAUGCUUAAAUUUGAAAAACGAGAUAAAAAGCAUCACUCAAUGGAGUUGCAGUUACGCUACCAGCGUCGACGGUGGUUCGACAAGGCCGUUCCCUGCGGGAAGUUACGACGAACUGUUUAAUCGAUCUAUCAAGGAACCCGAGAUCUUCUGGGAUGAAGUGGCUCAGGGCAUCGAGUGGUUUCGUCCUUACACCCGCGUCCUGGAUAAUUCGAACGAACCGUUUACGAAGUGGUUUGUGGGCGGGCAGCUGAAUACCUGCUACAAUGCCGUUGAUCGCCAUGUGAGCGCAGGGAGAGGCGACCAGCUAUCCAUUAUUCACGAUUCGCCGAUAACUAAUUCGAUGAGAAAAAUAACAUACAGUGAACUGCAAGAACUGGUAGCGCGUUUAGCCGGGGGCUUGUCGAAGCUGGGUGUGGGCUAUGGGGACAGAGUGCUUAUUUAUAUGCCCAUGAUACCAGAGGCUGUUGUUUCUAUGCUUGCUGUCGUGCGCUUGGGUGCUAUACACAGUGUGGUGUUCGGGGGCUUUGCAGCUAGGGAACUGGCGACCAGAAUAUCCCAUUUAGAACCGAAAGUGAUCAUUUGUUCAUCUUGUGGCGUGGAACCUUCUCGUUUGGUGCAGUACAAACCGAUGGUUGAUGAGGCCAUCAACUUGUCAACCCACAAACCUCAACGGUGUGUCGUUUACCAGAGGCCGAAUUUCGAGGAGGCUUCACUCAUUCCAGGGCGUGAUGUGGACUGGCAAGAGCUCAUGUCAACAGCGCCCAGACACGACCCCGUACCUGUAGAUUCUAAUGACCCCUGCUAUGUUCUCUACACCUCAGGUACCACGGGGCAGCCCAAAGGUAUAGUGCGGCCCAGUGGUGGCCAUGCAGCAGUCCUGCCUUGGACCAUGAAAGCAAUUUAUGGAAUGGACCCAGGUGACGUUUGGUGGGCUGCAUCAGACCUCGGCUGGAUUGUCGGUCACUCCUACAUUUGUUAUUCCCCAUUGCUAAAUGGCAACACAACUGUCAUAUAUGAGGGAAAGCCUGUUGGAACACCAGAUCCAGGCCAAUUUUUCAGGGUUGUUCGUGACCACGGCGUCAAAGGGAUGUUCACAGCUCCGACAGCCCUCCGAGCAAUAAUCCGCGAAGACCCUAAGUCAGAAGAAGGGAAAAAGUACGACAUUUCAUCGCUGAAAUACUUUUUCGUGGCUGGUGAACCACUUGAUCAUGAAACCAGGGUAUGGACAGAGGAGAACUUCAAAGCCCCUGUUCUGGACAACUGGUGGCAGACGGAAACUGGUUAUGCUAUCACUGCUAAUGCAGUUGGGAUGGGCAUGUCGUUGAAUCCACCAAGAAAUGCCACAGGGAAGCCAUUCGUAGGGUUUAAUAUCGAGGUUCUAACCCCAGAUAGAAAAGAAGCGGGGCCUGGUGAGCUAGGCCGUAUCGUUUCACGUCUUCCUCUGCCCCCUGGCUGCAUGAGCACGCUGUACAACUCCCCAGAGCGAUUUGUCAACAGCUACUUUCAGGAGUACCCAGGGUAUUACGACACAAUGGACGCUGGCGUUAAGGACUCACAAGGUUACAUAUCAGUUCUGUCCCGGGAUGACGAUGUGAUAAAUGUAGCAGGGCAUCGCCUAAGCACCUUGUCUCUUGAAGAAGCAGUUCUUGAACAUCCGGAUGUCAUUGAUGCUGCAGUUAUUGGUGUUCCAGACGCCAUGAAGGGAGAUAUUCCCUUGGCCCUCUUUGUGGUAAGAAAUGGAUUUAACAGGUCAGAAGAGGAAGUAGUGAAGGAACUGGUGGCCGUUGUGCGAAAGGUCAUUGGACCAGUGGCGGCCUUCCGGUUAUCAGCCAGAGUGAAGGGCCUCCCCAGAACCAGGUCUGGGAAAACAGCCAGAAAAAGCAUUGCCGAUUUAGCCAGAAACAAGAGUAUCAAGAUCUCUCCCACAAUAGAAGACCCUACAGUUUACGUUGAUGUUAUAGAAGCAUUGCAGCGUUGUGGGUAUGGUCUAGAGGCUCCUAAUCCAGAGAUUCCAUGAAAUUUAUAGCAUUUUGUUAGAAUUGGUCACUUCUAAAGGCAUCCAUUUUGGAAAUCAGAAAUUAGUAAGAAUUGCCACAGAACUGCUAUGUUGAAAAGCGAGUGCACUUUAUAAUGUAUAAAAUUGACUGACCUGGAAGCUUUAUUUCCCAAAUUUUUUUAACUGAUAACUUUUUACAAUUAGGCCUAAUUAAAAGUACAAUUACACAUGGUGGGAUCAUUUUUCUUGAGCUAUGGCAUAGGUAUGUUUUUCUUAAUGUACUGGCUGGGUUGUCAUUCUCUCUCUCUCUCUCUCUCUCUCUCUCUCUCUCUCUCUCUCUCUCUCUCUCUCUCUCUCUCUCUCUCUCUCUCUCUCUGCUAAAGGUUUUAUUGAGAUGUUUAUGUUGAAUCUUCAAGGACCUAUAAGUUUUGAUAAUUACUACUUUUCCUUGCAAUUGGAAAAUAUCACCACUAUAUGUAAAAUUAUUAAUUGUAUGCUUACAUAUUUUACGACUAUUACAUUCAUUUAUAAACCCCAUCAUACUGUCGUACAUUUACCGUGCGAGACAUUUUACAUAAAAAAAAAACUUGUGACAAUAACCUUGUAUUGUGAGUGCCUAUAAUUACUGAUAUGGCUUGAUGUGUUAUCGAUUGAUUGAGGUGUUAUCAUUUGAGUGUAUUUUUUUAUAUAUAGGAUAAGCUACAUGGCAGACAAGAGAAGUUUCAACUGGAUAGAAAAAAAUAGUUUUUUUAAAAUGUAAAUGUGGUACUAAGACAUUACUAAAACAGCAAUUGGCUAAUCACUGGGAUAUCGCUGUUAGGGAAGGCACUUCACAUUUUUCAAUAAAAUAUAGAAUUUUAUCUCGCCUUAGAACUGUAAACACUUACCUUAGAACAGCUGAUGGAUUUCCACUUGAGAAUCUUUUAUAUAUAUAUAUAUAUAUAUAUAUAUAUAUAUAUAUAUAUAUAUAUAUAUAUAUAUAUAAACUGACUCGGUUCUCAAAAGGCAAACCUGCAAAUAAUGAAGAGUCAAUCAUUUCAAGUUUGAGGUCUUAAUGCUCAUAAUGCUUUUAUGUAAGUUUAUCGAUCAUGAAAACUGACCAAUACCCGAAGUUCUACUAAAUGAGAAUGAUGUAAUCAAAUAGACUGUGAAAGACUCGUUGCUGUCCAACGUGAUUUAAGACGUUCAAAUGAUUUUUUUUAAAGGUUUCUAUUGUCAUUGUGUAUUUUUAAUCUACUGAAAUGGUUUGUGAUAUAGAAACAUUGUGCAGGCCCUAUUUUGUAAACAUUAAAUGUUUCCUGAAUACUUACACAGAUUAUAGAUGUCUAUUUUGAAGAUAUUGCUUCUGUCUAAACAGAUUAUAGAUUUAUAUUUUCAAGAUAUUGCUUCUGUCUAAACAGAUUAUAGAUUUAUAUUUUCAAUAUAUUGCUUCCGUUUUUCUUGUUUACUUGUUUUUGUGUUCUUUGCUCAAAGUUUCUAACCUCAUGUAAUUGUUCAGGUUGAAUGUAAAUAAUUUUGUUGUCACUGCCAAGUAGAAUUGUCCUUUUACUGUAAUUUAUAUAAAGAGUUAGAUGGAAAUUGUUUUCCAUCAGGGCCAUUUGCGUUUUAAAUACUGUUUUGAUAAUAUACAGGAUGUGCAUGGUCUUUUUUUUACUGUGAAACAGGAAAUCUGUUGUAAAAUGUAUGAUGAUUUUAUUUUUUUUGCAACUAAUAAACCCAUGGUCUAAA